GCUAGCCAGGGAAAAGUCGAUAAAGCCAUUGCACGUCUCACACUCAGAGGGUCUCUGCUCACAUCUUCUCUCGCCUCCUCAUCCACGAUGCAGCCACUUUGUUAUUUCUCUCUCCUGUGCACUCUCUCUUCCCUCUCCUCUGUGUUGUCUCUACACUGCUCUGACAGACACUAUGCCUGGCCAGCGGUCACACCUACGUUAUGCUGCGACAAAUGCGCGCCAGGUCAGCGUAUGCUUACGCGUUCAACAGUCAUUUGUGAACAUGAGUGUGGACCCUGCAAGGAGAAACUGUACAGGGAUACCUACGAUGUGAAGAGGAGCUGUGAAUUUUGUGGAAAUUGCAAUAAAUCAAACAUGGCGUAUGCUUCAAACUGCAACUCCACUCACAACGCAGUGUGCCGAUGUAACGCCGGCUACAAGUUCAGAGAUGCGUCCCGCAAACAGUGUGUGCCGAUACCACCAACCACCAUCAAACCUACACCUGCUCCACCCACUACAGUCCUGAAACCUGGCCUCACUACAGCCUGGCCGCCUGCUCCACAGCUCAGAGUUCUUACAGAUACCGUGUGGUUCCUGGUGAUUAUUGCCCUCCUGUGUGCAGGACUUGCAAUCGUUUUUGUCGCAAACAUAAAGCCCUUUCUGCGCUGGAUCAAAUCCACGAAUGGCUACUUUUUGGCUAAAGAACCUGCGCCGGUACCGGCAUGCUCCGAGGACGAAGAAGUGUCCACGCCUAUCCAGGAAGUGGUCGGGAAAUGUGAAUGUGUAUGAGUGAAAGAAGAGCUCCAGAAUAUGAACAUUUACUGCAAAACAUCUCUUUGGACAUUAAGGGCAAACGGGCCUACGCUAGAAAUGGAAGAACAGAUUUCAAGACUGCUGCUGUUUUCCGGGGGAAACUUGACUGUCUGACAUCUGUGACGUUAAGAUGAUGAAUGGGAUUGGAGAACUU